UUUCUCGCCGACGUACCCGUUUCGGCCUGGGUCUCGUUUGAGGACAUGUGGAGCAACAAUCUUGAAACUAUUCAAAACUCCUGCGGCAUUCUCAACUAUGGCGACAACGACUCCCCAGAAGAGAUAGCGAACAUCUACAACGCGAUACAAGAUCGCGCCACUGCAUCUUUGGUCGACCACCGACUCAUCCUUGCCUUCAUUAUCCAAGAAUCCAAAGGCUGUGUUCGUGUUCCUCACACCACAUCCUCUGGCGAUGUGAAAAACACUGGCCUGAUGCAGGCGCAUCAUGGCCACGAAUACACCCCGAAGCACAGCGCGAAGAGUAUCCUGGCUAUGGUGCAAGAUGGGACGCAAGGGACGAAGAAAGGCAACGGCUUAGUGCAAGAAUUGAACGCGUACUAUGGCAAUCCGUAUGCUGCAGCGAGAGCGUACAAUAGUGGUUAUAUCCCUGGUAACGGGGAGUUGACUGAAGCCGCUGGCGCUACGAAAUGCUAUGUCAGUGAUAUUGCAAAUCGCUUGACGGGCUGGGUGAAGGCGGAGAGCAGUUGUUCGGAAUAA